AUGUUCCCUAACGGCACUCUAUCUGGCUCGGGCCUGUCAUCUCCGUGCGAAAACCCAUUGUACCAGACGCUCGACUGCAAUGACGCCGUUUCGUUGAUUGACACAGAUGACUACAGUGAUAGCCUGGACAAUGCCACGCUGACAGCUCUGAUCUGUGCUUCCAGCUGCGAGGCUUCGAUUGCGCAAUUGCAUGAUUCGGUUUCGGCUAAAUGCGGCUCAUCAGCUGAACUAAUUCCUGGAAUGUCGUUCCGGGUUCUCGUUGGCCAGUUCUGGAGCAGCUGGAAUCAAUCUUGCUUCGUGGACCCCAAGACAGGCGAGAACUGCAAUAGUAAGAAGAAUGCUCCCAUAUGCACUGGCUCGCCUGCGAUCAAUAAGCUGUCACCGGAUGCUACCAAUAACAUAGAUAAGAUUGCAUCCUUUGCCAACGUCGAUUCGUUGUCCAACAUCUCAACCUCGGACUUGUGCUCCUAUUGCUAUGUAAAGAAGCUGGAGCUGAUACAGGCGGAUGCUUAUUCGGAUACCUACAACGAUGACUAG